CCUCACUUCCGUCCUGAGUCGCUGCAAACCAAACCGAAUCUCACCUUGGCUCAGCAAAUAGCUAAAGCUGAGAGCCGCCGGAGGGUAGGCUGAUGGAGCUCUUGUUCCCGGACUGAUCUUUGCUGCUAUGCUUCUCCGAUCCUCCUCCUCUGACCACCAAGAACAAAUUAAAGAGGACACAUCCAUCACCAGCCAUGGAUGCUGUAGUGAGUGUCUCACAUGGAGCACUGGGGCCACUGCUGGGCAAGCUGAACACCUUGCUCUCAGAUGAGUGUGCGCGCCUUGGAGGUGUUCGCCGUGAUAUCCGCUCCCUUACAUCGGAGCUGAGCAACAUGCAGGCGGCACUCCACAAGUACGCAUCGCUCGACGACCCUGACAUCCAGGUGAAAGCCUGGAUCGCGGAGUUGAGGGAGCUCGCCUACGACAUCGAGGACUGCAUAGACAAGUUCAUUCACCAACUCGGUGCCAACGAUGAGCAGCUCGGCACCAGUGGCAUCAAGGAUUUCUUCAGGAAGAGCACACGGGGUCUCAAAACUCUUGGCUCAAGGCAUAAGAUCGCUGGUGAGAUCGAGGAACUAAAGGCACGUGUUAUCUCGGUGAGAGAUCAGAAGAACAGCUACAAGCUCGAUGAUACUUUUUGCAGUAGCUCCAGGAAUAAGUCUACUGUUGAUCCACGGUUGGCUGCUCUGUUUGCUGAAAAAAACCAUCUUGUUGGUAUAGAAGGCCCAAGGGAUGAACUUGUCAAUUGGUUGGAUGUAGAGAGUAGUUCAUUGAAGCGUCGAAAAGUAUUAUCAAUUGUGGGGUUUGGUGGGCUUGGAAAGACGACUCUAGCGAAUGAGGUAUAUCACAGGGUUAAAGUCCAUUUUGAUUACACUGCUUUUACGUCGGUGUCACAAAAACCUGAUAUAAAGAAAAUCCUCAAGGAUAUAAUACACCAGAUGCCCAUAAAAGAUGGAUUCCUAAAAGAUAUUGAUACGUGGGAUGAAAAGAAAUUUAUUCACAAGUUACGAGAACUACUUGUCGAUAAGAGGUACCUUGUAAUCAUUGAUGAUGUAUGGUCUGUAUUGGCAUGGAAUGAUAUCAAGCUUGCCUUCCCGGAGAAUGAUUGUUCCAGCAGAAUUAUAGUUACCACACGCAUUUCUGAAGUCGGCCAAUCAUGUUGCUCAAAUAAUGGUAUUGAUCGCAAUUAUGAGAUGGAACCUCUAAGUGAAGUUCACUCUAGAAGACUGUUUUGCAAGAGAAUUUUCUGCACAGAUGAGGAUGGCUGCCCAGAUAGUUUACAGGAAGUUUCAAGAGAUAUCUUGAAGAAAUGUGGGGGUCUUCCAUUAGCAAUUAUUAGCAUCUCUGGCUUGUUAGCAAAUAAGCCAGUUAUUAAGGAAGAGUGGGUGAAAGUGAAAGAAUCAAUUGGUUUUGCAUUGGACAAGAACAGUAAUCUAGAAGGAAUGAAAAGCAUACUAUCCCUUAGCUACCAUGACCUUCCUAACUAUCUCAAGACUUGUAUGCUGUAUUUGAGCAUUUUUCCAGAGGAUCAUAUUAUUGAAAGGAACAUGUUGUUGUGGCGAUGGAUAGCUGAAGGCUUUAUCUCUGAAGAUUAUGGGCAUAAAAUGGAAGACGUUGCAGAGAGCUACUUUUAUGAGCUGAUCAACAAAAGCCUAGUCCAACCUGUGGACAUUGGCUUUGAUGGUAAGGCUCGUGCGUGCCGUGUCCAUGAUAUAAUGCUCGAACUGAUCUCUUCAAAGGCAAUAGAAGAAAAUUUCAUUACAGUUUUAGCUGAGCAAACUGGACAAACAAAUUCGUGUGGCUGUGUUCGCCGACUAUCCAUCCAUGGCACUGUUAAUUAUUUGUCAACUGUGUUAGCAAACAAAGAUUUACGACAUGUUCGAUCUUUAACCUGCUUUGGUGGGGACAAAGAAUUUUUGCCCCGCCUUGCCCGUUUUGAAGCUCUACGAGUAUUGGAUUAUGGUUUAGUGGAUUUCGAGGGCUAUGAUUUGGAAAAUAUAGGCAAGCUUUUCCAACUAAAGUACUUAAGACUAUGUGAUUGGAACCUGUCCCGUGUACCAACACAAAUUGCAAAGCUCCAAAAUUUGCUGACACUGGACCUAAGCGAAACAAAUGUUGAAGAGCUGCCCACUGAAUUCUGCCGAUUGACAAAGCUGCUACAUCUACAUGGAAAUUCCAGCAAGUUGAAGGUACCUAAGGGGAUUGGGAAUAUGAGGAAUCUACAGGUGCUUAGAGGGAUUAAUAUUAGCAAUAGCUCGGCUAGUGCAGUGGCAGAGCUUGGCGCGCUACCUGUUUUGAGGGACCUCUCAAUACGUCUGUCUUAUGAACCCAGAGAGUGCAAGCCAAUAGAAGAGAUGUUUCUCACCUCGCUUUGCAAACUGAGCAGCUAUAAACUCCAAUCUUUGCACAUUUUUGGUGGCACUUCCUACGAGUUCUUAGAUCGCUGGUUCCCUCUGCCUCGCUUCCUCCGAUUGUUUUACAUGAACACCAACUACUGCAUCCCACAUUUUCCAAAGUGGAUUAAACCAGAUCUCACAAAUAUCGCGUACCUAAACAUUAAUAUCGGUGAGAUGAGGGAGGAAGAUAUGAAAACACUCGGAGACCUGCCCGGGCUACUAUGCCUAGAAGUAUAUAUGGACCGUGACCCAAGCGAACAACUUACAGUCAAAAGCAUGGGAUUCCCAUGUCUCAAGAAGUUUGUCCUUGUUUGCGGCUUGUUCGUGUAUGGUGGAGCAUACUUUACGUUUGAGAAAGGGGCGAUGCCGAAGCUGGAGAAGCUUCGACUUCCAUUCCAUGUAUUAAUGGCAAAAUCCCAUGGUUUCUAUCUGGGCAUCAAAAACCUGUCCUGUCUCAAAGAAGCGGUAGUAAGAAUGUACCGUGGGGGCGCUAAUCAUUCUGAUACUGAAGCUGCUACGGCUGCCAUCAGGAGCGAAGCAAGUGCAAAUCCCAAUCAUCCCAGACUUACCAUCAUCGAAGAAUACGCAGAAGAGGACCGUGGCGAUGAGGGUGCAAAGGACGAGCAAGGCGGUGUUACUGAGAACUGAUAUCGUUGCCUGCCGCAAGGUUUCUAGUCUGCCAUGAAUGAGGUCAUACUUUGAGUCUGCACACAGUGGGAAUAAAAAAUUAUAUGUUUGUUCUAUGAGAUUUGCUCCGGUCCAAUAAAAAGUAUCUCGAGAUAUCGAUACCUUGAGGUACCAAAUCGUUUUUCACCGUUAAAUCUAGCUGGGUAGGAAGUGCAAUGUUAGAUCCAACAAUCAGAAACGAUUUGCUAUCGAUAUCUUGAAAUAUUUUUUGUUGGACUGAAACAAACCUCUUGUUCUAUAUAAUUGUUGUUGUGGAGAUUGUCUUAUUGAAACAUGAUUCUCCAUUUUGUGUUUUUAAAUAACAGAGCAACUUUGGGCUGCUUCGAUUAUUAUAUUCAAAUGUUGUCACUGCUUCAAAUGGAUUAUAGAAGUAUACAU